UCAAAGUAGCGCCAAUGUAGCGCCAUUUCUAACCUAUCUUUGUGACGAUGAUUUAUUGAAGAGCGCGGUCAACAAGGUGGAGUUCUUGAGCCUCAAACUAGAGAAUUAUAAUCUACGUAUGCAAAGCGAAUUAAUGGCAAUGAAGGAGCAGCUUCUUCGUGAAAUAAAGGAAAUAAAGAAAAAUCAGGAAUAUGUGCCACCUGCAACCAAGAAACCAGCAUCGUGUACCGAAGCGAUGCGUCAAGAAAACGGGAACUAUACAGAGAGUGGCGUUUAUGAACUUUAUCUCCCUGAAUUCCUUCAACACCCUUUCAAUGUUUAUUGUCUUCGUGAUCCUGAUGGCGGUGAACCAUGGGCUAUAAUUCAACGUCGUCAAAGCAACGACACCUACUUCUAUCGUGGGUGGUUCGAGUAUGAACGCGGUUUCGGCGAUUUGAAUGCCAAUUUCUUUCUCGGCUUGGAAAAAAUACAUGCAUUGACCCAUUCGCGAACUCAUGAGCUUUGGUUUCAAUUGGAGGAUUUUGAAAAUGAGAAACGUUUUGCCAAGUACGAUUUUUUCGCUAUAGGCAACGCUCAAGAUAAGUAUAAGUUAAUUGCGAUUGGACAAUAUUCUGGCACGGCCGGUGACUCGUUCACUUAUCAUCUCGGGCAAAAAUUCACCACUAAAGAUAAUGAUAAUGACAAAUAUAGUUAUAACUGUGCAGUACUAUAUAAGGGCGCUUGGUGGUAUGAUAAUUGCAAUGACAGCAAUCUGAACGGCCUGUAUUUAGGAGGAGAGUUUCCAAACUAUCAGUAUGGCGAAGGCGUGGUGUGGAAAGCCUGGCGUGGAAAAUACUACUCCCUCAAAUAUGUACAUAUGGCUAUAAGACCAAAGUAUUAUCACUGAGAUGAUGGUUUGAAAACCUUAGCCUCCAUAAAUUGUUAA